AUGGAAAAGUACGGUUGUGUAAGUUUCAGUGGUUUAAGUUUGUAUUAUUGUAAACAUCUACAAGAAACACCCAUAACUGGUAGAAGACGUUUUAUAGCUUUUACUCCCGCACAAUAUGAAAAAUUAUCUUAUGAAACAUACAAACAUGUUCUUCAUCAAUAUGAAAAGGAAUUUCUAAACGAAGAUCAUCCAUACCACACAAGACUGACCCGAGUAUUUCACAACCUAUUGUGGGCUAAUAGAGAUUUUGUACAAUUAAAUAGCAACCAGAAAUGGGAGUAUCGUGUAUUAGAUCGUCCAUAUCCUAAAUAUCAUAUAAAUGCUUUAUGUGUUGAGCAUGGAUUAAUAUUAGUGAAUUCUAGUGCUUUGGAAGUUCUACAAACAGAUGAUGAGUUAGCUUUUAUAAUAGCACAUGAAAUGGCGCAUAUUUUACUUGGUCAUCAGCAAGAAAAUAUAAGUCAAGGUCAGCUAUUAGAUUUUAUGAUUAUUGCUGUGAUGGCAGCAAUUUGGACGAUGAUACCCAAUGAUGGUAUCAGUAUUGUAACGCAUUGGUUUUUUGGUAAAUGUAGAGAGUUGUUUGUGGACCUUCCAUAUUCUAGAAAAGUUGAGACAGAGGCAGAUAAAGUGGGUCUCGAGAUCAUGGCAAAGGCAUGUUAUGAUAUACGUGCAGCACCUGUGACAAUGACAAAACUUUCUAUAGAUAAUAACCUAAAUGAAUCAGGGAAGUUUCAAAUGGAAUUUUUAAAAACUCAUCCUUUAUCCACAAAGAGAGCAGAACACAUGAAUCAUCUUUUACCAUGGGCAGAAUUAGUAAGAAAGUCAUGUGAUUGUCCAGAAUUACCAUCUAAAGAUCCACGAGAACUGAUUGCAUUUAUAUCUUACUUGGCAGAACAACGAUAUUUAAAACUUAAAACUAGGCAAAAUCUUAAACAGGUCACAUAUAAAUUGUGAAACCCACAUCUAAAAUAUUGAUCGAGGUGCAGACAGGUGUUGUGUAUGAGACAGGAUAUACAUAUUAGUCUUAGAACACCUGAUGUAUUUGUGAGGUUCAAGCAGCUUUAAUUUUCAUAUGAACUUCUGUAUAUUACGUUCAAUUUCUGUGAUGAGAAUCCAGAAGUGGAAAUUUGACUUGAAAUAUUUAUUGCGACUAGAGACUUGACAGUUGUGACGACUCGCUACUUGAAAAAGCUUUGAGUCGCAGCCAGGCAGCAUAACUCUAACUUAUCUUAUUUGCCAUAAAUUCCUGACUGGCGACUUGAACGGGACUCAGGCUUUGUGAAGACUUAGGACUAGACUCAACUAGGUACUAAACUCAGCGAC